AUGGACAGAAUGGGAAUGGUCGACCUGCUCGAGCUGUCUAUGGGCCCACUGACGGAUUUCCUGGCUUCGCAUAACAUUUCUGCCGCACAAAUUCGAUCCACUGCUGAUGCUCGCCGGCGACAAGCUGCAGCUGAGGAGUCAGUAGAAGAAGAAGUGAAUGACAAUGGUGAAUCUUCUGCCACUGGCGCUAGAUCUGGACGUCGUGCAGGUCGGAGCGACGAAAACGAAGCCUCUUCAAAGCGGAAGCUAGAGGAACAGAAGAAGCUCGCCAAGAUCAAGGAGAGCAAGGCGUUCAGGAAGCGUAAGAAGAACACCGAUGAAUCGGACGACGAGAUUGCACGUGCCAUUAUGGAAGAGGGCAGUGGUCCUCUGCCCGGACAGAUGGAAAACUGCGAAAUUUGCGACAAACGAUUCACUGUCACCCCCUACUCGGUCGCAGGACCUAAUGGUGGACUGCUGUGUUCCCCUUGUGGGAGGGAGAUAGCCAAGGAACGACAAGGUGCUCCGAAGAAGAAGGCCAAGAAGCAGGCUGCCGUUGGUGGUGUUGGCAGACGUCGUGCGAUUCAGAGUCGAAUCCUAGAUGGCCAGGUUGGCACCAAGAGCUUGGCUACUCUUUGUGUUCAGACCCUGGCCAAGAAUGUUGAUCUGGCUGACAGUCUCGGAGAUUUGCCAGAUCAUCUUGUUGACAAAGUUGCACGAAUGUUUUCCAAGCGCCGACUGCUGAAAUCCGAGACUCUACCCCUUUUCGUGCAACCAAAUACCGAAGCUGUUCACAUUUACGACGGUUCAAAACUUACCGAGUCUGACUACAUGUCGAUCUUUCAGGUCGCUCCACAACUUCGACACCUUAAGAUUCGAUGCGGCAUUCAAUUCAAGGACGAGGUCAUGGACUAUUUAUUGACUCGUGACACUGCGCUGGAGACCUUUUAUCUUCACGGGGCGAACCUUUUGAGUGAGGAGAAGUGGCAUGAGUUCAUGCAAGCCAAGGGCCAAUCGUUGAAGGGGGUUCAAGUAUACUAUACCGAUAACCAUUUUGGUGAUGACAGUAUAGCCAUGCUGAGAGAUCACUGCCCCAACUUGAAACGACUCAAGGUUGAGAGCAACCAGAAGCUAACCAACGAUGGUGUGAAGACGAUUGCGGACUUGGCAUCCUUGGAACAUCUCGGACUUCAGCUGCUGCACAAGACACGGUCUGAUGCUUACGUCAAAAUCAUCCGAAGCAUCGGCGCCAACCUUCAGACUCUGUCCCUCAAGAUUGUCCCCAGUAUCGACGAUGCUGUGUUGCGAGCCAUUCAUGACAACUGUCGGUCGCUUGUCAAGUUUCGUAUCACUGAUUGUGAGACCAUGACUGACUUUGGAUUUGUUGAAUUGUUCACCAACUGGGAUAAUCCUCCACUGCGCUUUGUGGACCUCCAAAAGUGUCGGCAGGUGGACGCGAGUAGGCCUCGAGAGAACCCUGACAACAUUGGUCUUUGCAGCGACGGCUUCAAAGCAUUGAUGGCUCAUUCUGGCCGUCAACUUCGGUAUCUCAACAUCCAUGCGUGUCGGCAUAUUUCCCGAGAGGCUUUCGAAGAGGUCUUCAACGAAAAUGCCCAAUACCCCGAGCUGAAAGAAUUGGAGAUCAGUUUCUGUGAGGCAGUGACGGAUUUUGUUCUGGGUUCCAUUUUCCGAGCAUGCCCUAAUAUCCGGGAAGUCAAUGUCUUUGGGUGCAUGAAGGUGAAGAGUGUCCGCGUGCCUCGUGGUGUCAUUCUCGUGGGUGUUCCCAAUGCGCAGGGCAUGGUCGUGGAGGGGUUUGAAUGA